AUGCCCAAAUGCCAUGUUACUUCGGAUUUCAAGAUUGCACAACAAACCCGGGACAUAUUCCUGAUAACUGCACCUUGUGCUGGGAGGUACUCGGCAUCGACUCUCCUUAUCGACUACUUCCUUGCGGUCAUAUCUUUCAUCUACCCUGUAUUGACCAAUGGCUCCUAUCUGAGGAUGCCAGCUGUCCUCUUUGUCGGCAUAAAUUUUACUAUUUGA